AUGACGCUCUCCGCUCCUCCAUCGCCUCUGACUCUCGUCGUCCUACUCGCGGCCGAGGUGCCGACCGAGACCCCGGCAACGCUGGAAGCGCCGGAAUCCAUUUCUCGUGUGGUCUUCCCUCGAUUUCUCAAGUUCCUAAAAUCCAAGUACCCUGACCAAAGUGUGCGCGUCGUCUCCGUCUGGUCCGAAGAGAGUCUCUUGCGUCACAAGGAGGAACUCGAGCAGGCGAGUGCGGUUUUCGCUCUCGAACAUGAUGGCAGCUGCUUGCCGGCACUUUACGCGCAUGCGAAGAAUCUCCGUUGGCUGCACAGCCUCUCUGCCGGUGUCGACCGUUUCAUGCCUUUCCUCAAGUCGACGCAUUCGCAUAAAAAUGCAUCGCAGACUCUCGUCGAGGAUCCGAGCUUCCUGGUCACCAACGGCAAGGGCGUGUUUGCGCGUCCCUUAGCUGAAUACGUAGUCGCGGCGAUACUCUACUUCGCGAAGGACAUUCUCCAGCUCCAGAAACGGAAAGACGAGCGCAGUUGGACGCCCUUUCCCAUGGAUCAACUGCGGGGGAAGACAGCUUUUGGGAUGAGAUGUGUUGCCAUCAAACGCACGCCGAACUCUCAACAAGAUUCACUCGCGGAGAAGAUAUGGACACCGACUGAUCCCGAUCGUUUCGAGCUCUUCAAGAGCUCGGACUACGUCGUUUGCUCUCUCCCAGGGACUCCUGAAACACGCCACGCUGUGGGGCGAGAGGAGUUUGCAGCGAUGAAGCCUUCCGCGGUCUUCGUGUCGAUAGGACGGGGGUCUGCCGUCGACGAAACCGCUCUUUUUGAGGCGCUGCAGAAGGAGGCGCUCGCGGGGGCCGCCCUGGACGUGUUUGAAACCGAGCCGUUGCCCAAAAGUUCUCCUCUUUGGGGCGCAGAGAACCUUUUGAUUUCGCCUCAUUGUUGUGACUGGGUGAACGACCAUAGCGCGGAAGAGGCGUUUCGCGUGUUUGAUGAAAAUUUUCGGCGUUUUCGACAAGGCGCGCAGAUCCAGCAAGACAUGUACACACCGAUUGAUAAGCAACUGGGAUACUGA